AUGAAAGUCCCUAAAGCCGGGCGUCCUCUUGCAAAAUGUCCCCACCCGAAAGGGACUUGCAGCUGCCAGAAGACAUAUGCCGUGAUGGUCCGCAUUCCAAAAGGCUCAUCAUGCUUAUGUCGUCCGCUCUAUAAAGUUCCCAUGGAUGCCAAUGAGUCAACUCAGUCGCCCUCAUCCUCCAUGGUUUCCACAUCGUCACCAGCUCCGGCCAAGGUCCAGAAGUCUGGAAGAAGACAAAGCACUAUGCAAGCAGCACCUGAAAACAUAGCACGGGCAUUAGACAACAUGCCAGGCAUGGUUAAGCUCGAGGAUGGAACGUCGAACUUGACUUCAGACUUCUCUUCACAGACACCUCCCACUGCGUCCGCACAAAACCAAAAGACGCCGUCGCCCAUAGAGACUACCAGGCAAGCCUCGCAGUCUCCCGAGGUAUCCAGCUGCUGCUCCCAAAAGCAAAAGUCGAAGGCACCUACCCCGCCCCCAGCUCCUACCGCGCCUGCUGCUCCGGCUCAGAAUGGUGGAUCUUGUUGCGGAGGAUCACGCCCUUCCACGACAAAGCAAGCUGUCUACUCAGACGCCGACCGGCAGCAAUUCCAACAACCUAUUUCUUGGGAUGAUCAGAGUUACAUGCAAUUCCCCAUGCCACACAUGUCCCCAUGGCAGAAUUCCUCAAUUCCCACGCAUGGAGACUACAUGCAUCCCACCAUGCAUCAAGCACAACCCCAACCCUCAAGCAUCCAUAAUGGGUACAUGGGAAUGGUGCUGCCACACUCUCAAACCCAAAUGCCCCAAAUAGGGAUGAUACCCGGUGUGACUUCUCCGCCGUCCAUGGCAUACUCCAACCCGAUGAACGGCCUUGGAAUCACGCAGCCCUCUAUGGGUCAGUACAUGCUCAACAACCUCGAGCCUUCCUACAAUGCUCCACCAAGCGGCGACUCUUGUCACGAGUGUAGUUGUGGAGAAGAUUGCCAGUGUCUUGGCUGUGCUGCUCAUCCAUUCAAUACCACGACCCGGAAGCAUGUCCAAGAGAUGGGUGCCCUGAUCACCUCCAACGGCGAUGACAAAAAUCCGGAAGUCAUCAACCCUUACCAAGCCUCACCUUACCAGGGAAGCACCCCUUCGACUCCAUUCCCUUACUUCAUGCAAAAUACACCUUCAAUGGACCAUGGCUUCCAGCCUAUUCCAUUUGAUAGCUACUCGGAUCCAAAUUCCACCCUACCCAGCGGUUACUCCUCCCCUCUGUCAGCAAACCACCAUCUGAACCAGCAACUGAUGCAUCCUUCGGAAUAUUACACCCUGGAAUACCCAGUAGGGCUACCAAACGCCUGUUCCGACAUGACAGGCAGCUGCCAAUGCGGCAGCGACUGCAGCUGUGUCGGCUGUCUCACGCACAGCGGCCACAACGGUCUUUCUUUAGACAUGCCUACCCCCGAGCACCCCAUUGCCAAUACAUCGGACGAGCAAACUCAAUCUUCGCAUCAUGUUCCCCACGAAAGUUUCGCUACGUCUCAGACUUCUCGGAUCCCGGUAUUAGACAAUGUGUCUGUGCCCUGUCUGAGUCCGCGCACUGUGGAGACUUCCAUGAUCUAG